UAAACGCUGUCUCCACUACAUGCGCGCCGACUUCCAUUUCCCCAGUCUCUCUUUCGACUUUAUUGUGCAUAAUAGCAAUUUCCUCUGCAGCAGACUUCUGUGCGAGGCUCCGUGCAACAAGUUUGCAGGAGCGACAACACGCCGUCACACAGGUUUACUCGCGUUUGGCUGCUGGAGUGGAGAUCCACUCAUCUAUCUGUCGCUGUCACCACAAAGUCACUGGACGUGAACGCCGCCUCGCAGACACACACACACACACACACACACACACACACACACACACACACACACACACACACACACACACACACACACACACACACACACACACACACACACAGAGAGAGAGAGAGAGAGAGAGAUACAGAACAGUGUGCCAUAAAUUCGUGACUCGGCGCCAGAUGCAGUUUUGCUCCCAACAGCGCGUGUAGUUGUAGUUAAAUGGAGAUCGCGGAGGCAAGAGGAGCAUCCAAGUGCGUGGAAAAAAUGGAGAAAGAAGUGGCGCCCCAGAAGCGACAGUGUUACCGCACAACAGUGCUGAACAUAAUCUCGUCUUUAUGUUCAGUGGCAUCCAUCGCCUUUUGCAUUCUUCUGAGCAUUAACGCAGCUGAUAUCAAGAACCGGGUUGUGGAUUUGGAGAGUGGGAAUGGCGAGCACACCUUUAUCCGCGCCCCUGGCUACUCCAUGGAUGCUUUUAAUUCACUGAUUGAACAAAGAGUGGAUGAGCUGCUCUCUCAGCGCUCUUAUGAACAUUUUGUCAAGAUCCGGACUGCCAGACAAGCAUCACCUGAAUGCAACUGCCCUCCAGGACCUCCGGGAAAGCGAGGGAGAAGAGGCCGCAACGGAGAACCUGGACCUCCUGGCCCUCCUGGUCCAAAGGGUGAAAAGGGGGAUCAAGGCGACCAGGGACCACGGGGAUUGCCUGGUCUCCCUACGCUGGCUGCUUUGCACAGCAAUCAGAUCCUGACUGUCAAGAUGGUCUUCCCUAAGAUCAAUCAUGGCUUUCUUUCCGCUGACCAGCAGCUCAUAAAGCGGCGGCUCAUUAAGGGAGAUCAAGGGCAAGCAGGACCACCUGGGCCUCCAGGGCCACCGGGCCCUCCUGGGCCAAGGGGACCUCCAGGGGACACUGGGAAAGAUGGGCCCAGAGGUGUACCUGGUCUACCAGGUGAUCCAGGGCAGCCUGGAGAUUUAGGACCCAUGGGGCCCGAAGGGCCAGAAGGGCAGAAGGGUUCACUUGGGGUUCCAGGCGUCCCAGGUGUUGACGGACUGAAGGGGGAUGUUGGCAUCCCAGGAUUGGACGGUGUUCCUGGAGCCAAGGGUGAAAUGGGAGAGCGAGGUGAAAAGGGCGAUAUGGGUGAAGACGGACCGAAAGGUGAAAUUGGAGAGAAGGGAGAUGCAGGCUCCUCUGCAGCAGGCAUCAAGGGUGAACCUGGAGAGCCUGGACGAAGUGGACUAAAGGGAGAGCCAGGACUUCCAGGGCUGCCUGGACUCCCAGGGAUAAAGGGUGAGCCUGGAUUCCUCGGUCCCCAGGGAGAACCAGGGCUUCCAGGACUCCCAGGAACUAAGGGUGAGAGAGGUGACCACGGACCACCAGGAAAGGGCGAAAGAGGAGAAAUUGGACCCCUUGGACCAAAGGGUUCCCAAGGAGAGUCUGGUACACCUGGUACUAAAGGGUCAAAGGGGGAGACUGGAGAUAAAGGAGACUUGGGAUCUAUUGGCCCAAGGGGCCCUCCUGGACAGAAAGGAGACCAAGGAGCCACUGAAAUCAUCGACUACAAUGGAAACAUCCAGGAGGCUCUACAGAAGAUUACCACUAUUACAGUAACGGGUCCUCCUGGACCUACUGGGCCAAUGGGACCGCAAGGUUUAAAGGGGGACCGUGGUUUGCCUGGUCUUCCUGGACUCGAUGGUGAAAGAGGCUACAAAGGUUCCAAAGGAGACAUGGGAAUGCCCGGUGCUUCAGGGGAGAAAGGAACAACUGGUUUACCUGGGCUACCUGGUGUCAAUGGGAUGAAAGGGGACAAGGGAGAUUCAGGUCUACCUGGUCCUCAAGGUCCAUCAAUCAGCGGUACUCCAGGACCACCAGGGCCACAUGGACCCCCAGGACCCAUGGGCCCCCACGGUUUCCCUGGACCAAAGGGAGAACCUGGUCUGCAUGGUGUGAAGGGUAUGCGAGGGGAACCAGGACACAAAGGGGACCGCGGACCACUGGGGCUCCCCGGAGCCUCCGGCUUGGACGGCAAGCCCGGAAUUAGGGGUACGGAUGGGCCUCCGGGUCUAGCUGGUCCAGCUGGGCCGAAGGGUGACAUAGGUGAGAAAGGAGCACAGGGCGAGCCUGGACCAAGGGGACCUUAUGGACUGCCUGGAGCUGCUGGAACACCAGGCUUGGAUGGGUUGCCAGGCUUAAGGGGAGAGAAAGGCGACGUUGGGGAAAGAGGAGAAAAGGGGGAGAAGGGAAAGAAGGGCAAAAAAGGGCCUAAGGGCGAGAAAGGAGAACAGGGUGCCCCUGGAUUAGAUGCACCCUGCCCAUUGGGCCCAGAUGGAUUACCAAUGCCUGGUUGCUGGCAGAAGGGAGUCACGCCAUGGCUGGUAGCCUGAAAAUCCCCAGAAAGUAAAAAGCUGUUGGUUAUUGUUGCUUUAUUGUGGUGAUGCCUGCAGAGAGAGAGGGUAUGAUAUCAGCAGGUUUUCACUGUUGCACUCAGCAAUCAUCGUCGUUGUGGUGCCUCCCAGCAGCCACACGUCUGCGGACAAGAGGGGAGAACUUAGCAGGCUCGCUGCACUGACAGGAAAACAAAUCGGGCUCAUGUGGAUUUGAGAUUGGAGAGGCCUGGUCGAGGAACCGCCUCUGAGCACGGGAAUGGAUUCCGCAGGAGAGUCGCUAAGAGUCUCAUCGAUCUCCAUAGAGAUCAGCUGGAGCAUCUGCCUCUCCUGACAGGCAGCGCUUCAAGGUCUACUGAGAGCGUUAACAGAAUGCAAUCAUGUUUUUUCUUUAUUUUGUUUUUGCUCUCAUUCUUUAACAUUGUUUGUAUUUUGUGUAUAAUAGCCUUUGGUGCCUCAAGCUUUUAUUCAUUCCUUUAUCAGAAAUGUACAACUUUAUAUCAUAUUUGGAAUUAUUGGAAUGGUGUUUUGUUUCAGAAGGGUAUGCUUUGUUUGGUUAAAAAAAAAGGUUGUAAGAGUAUUGAAAAGUCACACAUUGUGCACUGUUUUUCAUGAGUUGUUUUUACAGGAUGUUGAAAUAGCAUGUUAGGUCAUAGCUUCACUUGAGCACACUGUAAGAUUGCGUCCAUGGUGACUGUAAAGCCUCUGAUCUUACUAGUGGUUUUUGAAGAAGCUCAUAGUUUGUGCAAAACGCAUCCGGCAGUGUAACAAAUAUGCUACUUGUUCAUUCUGGACUUGUUGUAUGGGAUGUUAAUUGUACAGUGUUGUCAGUUCACUGCAUGUACACAAUUUAUGACUUAUGGAUUUCUUGAAUAUUGAAAAUUUAGCAUUGAUUUGAGCAAGUGUAUCAGAGGCAUAACACGUUGUUUCAGGGUUGGGGUUCAGGUUCAGCUCAGCAUACAGCAGCUGGUAUUGUCAGAUGUGUCAGAUUAUGUUGAACAGAACAAUCUCACACUGCUCUUUUACACCUCGUGUAUUGUCUUAAGACAUGUAUUACAGUGCAAGGUAAGCUAAAUCAGACAGACGCAGUUAAUUGGUAAACUUCCAUUAGCUACACCACAGUCUAACUGGUGGCCAGUUACGUCACAUUCCAUAUCAGAUGGAGCAAAAAGUGGAGCAGUACGUCAACAUAGUUUAUUCAUCUUUUCUUAUACUCAAAUUGCCUCCUGACAUAGUAGGUGCUAUGCAAGGUGAUACUCGGUACUUCUUUUCUUUACAACAUUAGAAAUAUGCAUGAUGAUUUACUGUAAGGGCAGAUGUGAAAAACCAACAUUUUGUUGUGAUGUAGCAGCAACCACAGGUGGAUUGAAGAAGAUUUUUUUCCCAUAUGGUUUCUGUUUGAUUGUACAGUUCAUCUCAUCGUUAUAAAGAAUGGGUGCACAUCUGUAUAGAUUAUAAUGGUGCUAUCUGAUAGGUCAACAGCAGCUCAGUUGAUGCGCUCUACCAGUGGCAAGAACUACACAACAGGUUUCUUUAUUGUUGUUGGGGUUUUAUGUAUGUAACAAUUUAAAUUUUUUUGUUUUAUUUUUUUGUGCAUAUAUUUGUGUAUUUGUCUCAAUAUUUUAAGUGGUACAUUAUUUAUUUUUCUAUAAUUUCUUAAAUGAAGGCAUUUUGGUUCUAAACAGCAUUCCUUUCAGUUGUUUUGAUGUCAGUUUCUCUGUUGAUAUUAUGAGAAGUUUGGAUCAUGCUUAGGCAUCACAUAACAGUUAUGCAAACGGUGCAGUGUGAAGGAAGGUGGUCAUUUACAAAUUACAGACCAGUGUGUAUUCACUGUGCAUUUAAUUCAGCUUAUGGGCCUUACAAUUGAAUACAUCUGCUUUUAUUUAAUUUUGUGUGUCAAAAAGCUAACUAUGACAACAAAGUUGGCCUGAAUGUCGACAGGCCCAGCCAAUGCAACUGCGUAAAAAGUUAAAUAUCACAUCUUUUUCUCACGCUUUCUCUUCUCUCUCUCUCUCUCUCUUUACAUUGAAUGUAGUUUGAUAUAUGUAUAGUGGAUUAUUAAUGUACUGUUAAAAUGUGCUCAUUUGACAAGAAGUGCAAUUUAUACUUUGGUUAAUGUGUGUAGCAUCAAAUGCAGCUGAAAUAUCACGUCAUUGUGAUUUCUAUAGCUCCAUUUGCUCAGUUAUGCUACCCUGUAUGCCACUACCUGGAAAGAAAAUGUUUAUUUAGUAGAAGACGAAGAAAUAAAUGUAAACAUGGACCUUUCAUUAAAUAUCAGAUUUUGAUUGGUUUAAACUUCCUCAAAUACUGUCCCUUCACUCAUGUUUUAACAUGCUAUUUCCAUUACUUAAUAUUUACUAAGUUUUGCAUUGUGUUUUUUUUUUAUUUUGUGUUUUGAUUUCCAGCCUUUGUUACAGUAUUUGUUCUCACAAAUUGCUGUAUCUUUAGCAUGUGCAGCUACUUUUUUAAUUGAUUUUUUUAUUUGAUUGAUUUUUUUUUUUCCGUUUGUUUUUUUUUGAUUGUUGUGUUUCCCUGUUAAAUUUUCAAAUUUAGUUUAUUCUGCUAUUAGCAGAAGUGCCAAAACCUUUUAUUUCCAUAUCAGUAUUAGCAGAGCUGGUCAGGGGCUCCAAAAUGACUCACUGAUAAGCUAAGUCUGUGUGUUUGUCAUUUCUACAGAAAAUGCUCUGAGUCAAGUUUUCCUCUGUAGAAACAGUACACGCCCAUGAGCCACACUUCAUCACAACCUCUCAGAGAAGGGUAAAGGUGCUGGUGUAGGAUAACUGUAAGUCACAUUCAUCUGUGUUAUGGUCUCUUAUUCAGAACUCUGGAACUCUUACACAUACUCCCCAAUGCACCACAGCCUUACUGAUAUAAGUAUAUUGCCACAUACUCUGCAGAAUAAAAUACAUUGUUGGUACAGGAGAACAAAUUCAAAGCAAAAUCCACAUUGUGGCUUUUUUGAGUUAAAACUGCAUUGUUUUGGUCGUGGUAUAUGUUCAGUUUCUGGUCUGCAUUUGUAUUACAGUACUCUUUUCCUUUUUUUUUUACCCACUUGAUUGACAUUUCUUUAAAGACCCUUGUGUUCACACGUGGCUAUAUUUCAAGAUGACAUUUCAUAUGACUGUACUGUUGGAGCCAAAUAAACAGUCUUUCAAAUACAUCAAACAA